AUGCCCUCAUUGAAAAGUUUAGAAUUUUAUGAUCUUCUACCAGAAGAUCCAAAAUUGUAUGAUAAAAUGAGACCUCCUAAAAAAGAUGGACAAGCUACUACUGUUUAUUUUCAUGUUACUGUUAUGGGUUUAGAUUCUAUUGAUGAAACUUCAAUGACAUAUGCUGCUGAUAUUUUUUUCGCUCAAACAUGGAAAGAUAAUAGACUACGGCUUCCUGAAAAUAUGACUUCUGAAUACAGAUUAUUAGAAGUUGAUUGGCUAAAAAAAAUGUGGAGACCGGAUUCGUUUUUUAAAAAUGCUAAAUCGGUAACGUUUCAAACUAUGACAAUACCCAAUCACUAUUUAUGGCUUUAUAAAGAUAAAACAAUUCUGUAUAUGGUCAAGUUGACACUAAAAUUAUCAUGCGCGAUGAAUUUUUUAAUUUAUCCUCAUGAUACUCAAGAAUGUAAACUUCAAAUGGAGAGUUUGUCGCACACAACGGAUGAAAUGAUCUUCCAGUGGGAUCCAGAUGUACCCCUGGUUGUUGAUGAGAACAUUGAGCUACCACAAUUGCAGCUUGUUAAGAACUAUACUGCUGACUGCACUCAAGUUUACUCGACAGGUAAUUUUACAUGUCUUGAAGUUAUAUUUGUAUUGAAGCGACGACUCGGUUACUAUCUCUUUCAUACAUAUGUACCAACAUGUUUAAUUGUUAUUAUGUCGUGGGUAUCGUUUUGGAUAAAACCCGAAGCUGCACCAGCCCGAGUAACUCUUGGUGUAACAUCUCUUCUAACUUUAUCAACGCAGCAUGCUAAAAGUCAAGCAUCUUUACCUCCUGUGUCGUAUCUAAAAGCGGUGGAUGCUUUUAUGUCUGUAUGUACGAUAUUCGUAUUCAUGGCGCUUAUGGAGUAUUGUUUAGUAAAUAUUGUACUGGGUGAUAAUGAUGCCCCUUCAGCACCAAAACCACCACCUCCGCCACCGGCCACUACGUCAACUAGUACUGGUGAUUCAAAACUUGAUAAAAUAUUUGAUAUUGCUUCUAAGGAUAACGCAAUGUUAUUAUCGGGUCGGUCACAGAAGUCUGCAAAUUUAACACCGCCUCCAGGUCUUACGCCUGCUCAAAGAGCAAGACUACGAGCCUUAAACAUUGAUCGGGUUUCACGAGUAUUUUUCCCAUUCCUCUUUGCUCUACUUAACGUCACUUACUGGAUAAUGUUCGCUAAAUACAUCUAG